AUGGCGGACACCCGGGAGGAAUCGGAACCCCUUCUGAACCGGGCCCGCGGCGGCAGCGGCCGCGACUGCCCAAGGGGCGUGCCCACUUGCCCCAACGUCCAAGAGGGCCCUGGUGCCAUGGCCAGGCGGGAUCUGUGCUUGGACCAGGCUGUGGUCCUCAUCGAAGACGCCAUCCAGUACCGCUCCAUCAACCACCGCAUGGACGCCCGGUCGCUGUGGCUCCACAGGCACUACUAUUCCAGCACCAGCCAGUGGAUUCUGAGCUUCACCAUUUUCUUGAUCCUGGCUUUGGCCUUCGUGGAGACCCCUUCCUCGCUCACGCGCACCUCGGACGUGCGCUACCGCCCAGACCCCUGGGAGGCGCCCUGCGGCCUGACCGAGGGCAUCGAGGCGCUCUGCCUGCUGGUCUUCGUGGCCGACGUCUCCGCGAAGAGCUACCUGAUCGGGUGGGCCCAGUUCCGGAGGAACCCCUGGCUGCUGGCUUACCUUGUGGUGCUGGUCGUGUCUCUCCUGGACUGGGUCGUGUCGCUGAGUCUCGUCUGCCAGGAGCCCCUGCGGGUGCGCCGUCUGCUGCGCCCCUUCUUCCUGAUGCAGAAUUCCUCCAUGAUGAAGAAGACGCUCAAGUGCAUCAGGCGCUCACUGCCGGAGAUGGCCAGCGUCGGGCUGCUGCUGGCCGUCCACCUGUGUCUCUUCACUGUGUUUGGAAUGCUGCUCUUCACCGGCGAGAAGGACGCUGGGCAGGACCGGGAGCGGCUGACCUACUUCUUCAACCUGCCUGAGGCGCUGACCACCCUCCUGGUGCUGCUGACCACCGCCAACAAUCCUGAUGUGAUGAUUCCUGUGUAUUCCAGGAACCGAGCCUACGCCAUCUUCUUCAUAGCCUACACCCUGAUCGGGAGCUUGUUUCUGAUGAACCUGAUGACGGCCAUCAUCUACAACCAGUUCCGGGGCUACCUGAUGAUGUCUCUCCAGACCUCACUGUUGCGGAGACGGCUGGGGACCCGGGCUGCCUACAAUGUCCUCUCGUCCGUGACAGCAGAGGGAGAAGCUCACCCCGAGCGACUUGGGGUGAGGCCUGAGGAUUUCCUGAAAGUGCUCCAGAAAGUCCAGCUGGACAGUGACCACAAACAGGCCAUCACGGAGAAGCUGCAUUCCCGCAGUGGUGGCCUGUUGUCAACUGACGAGUUUCAGAAACUCUUCGACGAAUUUGAUAAGAGGGUGAUUAAAGAGCACCCGCCGCGGCCGCAGUACCAGUCUCCGUUUCUGCGGAACACCCAGUUCGUCUUUGGCCACCACUACUUUGACUACUUGGGCAACCUCAUAGCCCUCGGAAACCUCGUGACCAUCUGCGUGUUCCUGGUGUUGGAUGCGCACGUGCUGCCCAAGGACCGCGACGACUUCGUGCUGGGGAUUCUCAACUGCAUCUUCAUCCUGUACUACCUGCUGGAGAUGCUGCUGAAGGUGUUUUCUCUGGGCCUGCGGGGAUACCUGUCCUACCCCAGCAACGUGUUCGACGGGCUCCUCACCAUCGUCCUGCUGGUUUUGGAGAUCUCCACUCUGGCUGUGUACGGCUUCCCACACCGGGGCUGGAAGCCGGCGAUGCUGGGCCUGCUGUCGCUGUGGGACAUGACGCGGCUGGUGAACGUGCUCAUCGUCUUCCGCUUCCUGCGCAUCAUCCCCAGCAUGAAGCUGAUGUCCCUGGUGGCCAGCACCAUCCUGGACCUGAUCAAGAACAUGCGGGCCUUCGGCGGGAUCCUGGUGGUCAUCUACUACGUCUUCGCCAUCAUCGGCAUCAGCCUGUUCCGGGGUGUCGUCGUGGCUCCUAGAAACAGCAGCCUGGCCUCUGACAACGGUUCCGCGCCCUGCGGGAGCUUCGAGCAGCUAGAGUACUGGCCCAACAACUUUGACGACUUUGCAGCUGCCCUGGUCACUCUGUGGGACGUGAUGAUUGUGAACAACUGGCAGGUGUUCCUGGAUGCCUUCCGGCGCUACGCGGGCCCGUGGUCAGAGGUCUACUUUGUGCUGUGGUGGCUGGUGUCGUCCGUCAUUUGGGUCAACCUGUUUCUGGCUCUGAUUUUGGAGAACUUCCUUCACAAGUGGGACCGCCGCAGCCACCUGCAGUCCCUCACGGAGGAGUGGGAGGACACCUCUGAGAUGACCGAGGAGCUCCCUUUCAGGGACGUCCUGGAGGAGCCCACGGAGGAGGAGCUGGUGGAGAAACUGAGCCGCCACCCGCACCUGCAGCUGUGCAGGUGA